AGUUUUUGAAACGCGUCGCGUGGUUUUGACGUCAUCCUGGGGUCCUCCAUGAACUGUUGUCUCCACGUGAGUGUAUCAACAGCGUGAUGGCUUCCAUGUGAAUGCAGCACUGAACUUGUUGGAUUUUUACUCGUAUUAAAUGCAAACGACUUCAUCCCUUACAUAAGGAGUAAGAUGGCAACCGUCCGCAAGAAGGUAGACAACCGGAUACGAGUCCAGAUAGAGAAUGGAGUCGCCUUGAAGCAUCGGAGCAUGUUUGUGGUGGUAGGAGAUCGUGGGAGAGAUCAGGUUGUCAUCCUGCAUCACAUGCUGUCUAAAGCUGCUGUCAGAGCACGGCCCUCUGUCCUCUGGUGCUACAAAAAAGACCUGGGAUUCAGCAGCAAUCGGAAGAAGCGCAUGAGGCAGUUGCAGAAGAAGAUUAAGACGGGCACGUUAAAUCUGAAUCAGGAUGACCCGUUUGAGCUUUUCGUCGCUGCGACCAACAUCCGCUACUGUUACUACAACGAGACGCACAAGAUCUUGGGAAACACCUACGGCAUGUGUGUCUUACAGGACUUUGAAGCUCUCACUCCCAACCUCUUGGCAAGAACUGUUGAGACUGUGGAAGGAGGUGGCAUCGUGGUCAUUCUGCUGAGGACGAUGAACUCUCUCAAGCAGCUGUACACUAUGACCAUGGACGUGCACUCUAGAUACAGGACGGAGGCUCAUCAGGAUGUGGUUGGAAGGUUCAACGAGAGGUUCAUUCUGUCUCUUGCGUCUUGUAAAAACUGUGUUGUCAUUGAUGAUCAACUCAACAUCCUGCCAAUCUCCAGCCACAUGGCCCACAUCAAAGCAGUCCCUCCUAAGACCCAGGAGGACGGUUUGUCUCCUCGAGAACAGGAGCUGAAGGAUCUGAAGGAGUCCCUUCAAGACACUCAGCCUGUCGGUGUGCUGGUUGAUUCCUGCAGGACCAUGGACCAGGCAAAGGCGGUGCUGAAGUUCAUUGAGGCAAUAUCAGAGAAGACGCUGAGGAGCACCGUGGCUCUGACUGCUGCCCGUGGUCGAGGCAAGUCCGCUGCUCUGGGGCUGGCUGUCGCUGGAGCUGUGGCUUUUGGCUACUCCAAUAUCUUUGUGACCUCACCGAGCCCGGACAACCUGCAGACCAUGUUUGAAUUUAUCUUCAAAGGCUUCGAUGCCCUGACAUAUCAGGAGCAUCUCGACUAUGAAAUCAUCCAGUCUUUGAAUCCCGAGUUCAACAAAGCCGUGGUUCGGGUGAACAUCUUCAAAGAGCAUCGGCAGACGAUUCAGUACAUCCACCCAGGUGAUGCAGUGAAGCUGGGCCAGGCCGAGCUGCUGGUCAUUGAUGAGGCUGCGGCCAUCCCUCUGCCUCUGGUCAAAAAGCUGCUGGGGCCUUACCUGGUCUUCAUGGCCUCCACCAUCAACGGGUACGAAGGCACCGGACGAUCUCUGUCCCUCAAACUGAUUCAGCAGCUGAGGCAGCAGAGUGCAGACAGCCAGCAGAGCAUGUCUGCAGAGAACAGGAACACCAACACAGAAAGGCUAGCGUCAGCUCGCUCUCUCCAUGAGGUCACUCUGCACGAGUCCAUUCGAUACGCUCCCGGAGACGCUGUGGAGAAGUGGCUCAACGAGCUGCUCUGUCUGGACUGUCUCAACAUCCCCAGGCUCAUUUCUGGCUGCCCGCUUCCACAGGCCUGUGACCUAUAUUACGUGAACAGAGACACACUGUUCUGUUACCACAAAGCAUCAGAGGCUUUCCUGCAGCGGCUGAUGGCCCUCUACGUGGCGUCACAUUACAAGAAUUCUCCCAACGACCUGCAGAUGUUGUCUGAUGCUCCGGCCCACCACCUCUUCUGCCUCCUCCCUCCUGUUCCCCCCACACAGAACUCACUGCCUGAGGUGCUCGCUGUGAUACAGGUUUGUCUCGAGGGUGAAAUAUCACAACAGUCCAUCCUCAACAGUCUGGCGAGAGGGAAGAAGGCCUCGGGCGACCUCAUCCCCUGGACUGUGUCAGAACAGUUCCAAGACCCAGAGUUUGGCAGCCUCUCUGGAGGCAGAGUGGUACGAAUAGCCGUCAACCCAGACUACCAAGGGAUGGGCUACGGCUCCAGAGCUCUCCAGCUGCUGCAGAUGUACUACGAGGGAAAGUUCCCCACCAUGGACGAGAGCGCAAGCUCAGGCCACCACGAAAUCGCCAGCGUCAGCAGCGAAGCCGUCAGUCUUCUGGAGGAAGUCGUCACUCCACGGAAAGAGCUCCCUCCUCUGCUGCUGAAGCUGAGUGAGAGGAGAGCAGAGAAACUAGACUAUUUAGGAGUUUCCUACGGCCUCACUGCACAACUUCUCAAGUUUUGGAGGAAGGCAGGUUAUACUCCAGUCUACUUGAGACAAACCCCUAAUGACCUGACAGGGGAGCACUCUUGUGUGAUGCUGAAGGAGCUGAACACAGACGAAGCUCCGGAGCAGAGCCAGUGGCUGUCCGCCUUCUGGAAAGACUUCCGCCGCCGCUUCCUGUCUCUGCUCUCCUACCAGUUCAGCAGCUUCCACCCGAGCCUGGCGCUCAACGUUCUUCAGAAUAAGAAGAUCAAGGAGGAGACGAGCACUCUCAGCAGCUCCGAGCUGGCCGGCUACUUCAGCCCGUACGACCUCAAACGCCUAGAGUUGUAUUCAAGGAGCAUGGUGGACUACCACCUCAUCAUGGACCUGGUCCCAACCGUGGCGCGCAUAUUCUUCCUCAAGCAGCUCGGUGACGUGUCCCUCUCAGCGGCUCAGUGUGCAUUACUGCUGGGGAUAGGAUUGCAGCACAAGUCUGUGGAACAGCUGGAAAAGGAAAUUGAACUCCCGAGCUCACAGCUCAUGGGCCUCUUCAAUCGUUUGACACGUAAAUUUGUGCAAGUCUUCACCAGCAUCCAGGAAAAAGCAAUUGAAACGCAAAUGGCUGCCACUAAGGAGGUCACCAUGGAGCCGACUGUAGGAAGCCUUAAUGAAGAUCUGAAUGAUGCUGCUAAGGAGUUUGAGGAGAGACACAAGCAGGAUUUAGAGAAAGUAAAAGAAAUGGACCUGGAAGAGUAUAGGAUUCGUGGAGCUGAUGAGGAGUGGGACCAGGUGCUGAAGAAGGCAGGGAACACAGCUGUUGUCAGCAUCAAAAGUGACAAGAAGAGAAAAUGGGAAGGAGCAAGCGUCAUAGCAAGCAACGGGGCUCCACAGCAGGGCAAGCUAAAGAAGAAGGACAUGCAACCGGGGAAAUUUAAGAAGAGCAAACAAGGGAAAUUUGGGAAGAAGGCGUGAAGAUGUGGAGCAGACCAUAGAUUGUUCUGCACUGACAGGACUACAUGUGUAAUUUAGAGAAUUUUGGAUAUCUUGGACUUGUGUACCUAUAAGACUGGAUGUCAUUUUUAUUAUGUUUUUCUUUUUUUUUUCUAAACCAAACCUCCCCACAAAUACAAUGUUUUCCCCCAAACUCA